GACGGGAGACGUGCCGUGCCGGAUACCCGUGGAUCUGCGGAAAGAAAAGAAACCCCACUGCUCCCGUGCGAGGCUGCUUUAAUUAACAGCCCCCAGAACAUGUCUCCCAGACUUUUGCUGUGCGUGGUUCUGGCUGUGCACCACGGGACGCGACCGUGCGCUGGAUUUAACAUCGAUGAGCGCUUCCCCGUGGUCAAAGAGGGACCGACCAAAGGGAGCUUCUUCGGAUUCUCAGUCGCUCUGCAUCAACAGACGGACAGAAAGUACCUGCUUCUUGCAGGAGCACCCAAAGAGAAAGCUGUUUUAAAAAAUGUCAACGAGACAGGUGCCGUCUACUCCUGUCCCAUCACGACAGACGCCACCGACUGCUCCAGGAUGGACCUGGUCAGCACAACAAAUCCAUCCGAGAUGGUGGAGGGCAUGUGGCUGGGUGUGACAGUGGCCAGUCAGAGAGGCCAGCCAGUGGGACGUGUGCUGGCAUGCGGGCAUCGCUACGUGAAGAUCACAGAAGAGCAGCGGCGGAUGAUAGGAAAGUGCUACGUCAGGAGCAACGACCUGACCUUUGACCCCAACGACGACUGGCAGACUUACAGCUAUGAGGUCUGCAACCCCAACUACGACAUGGAGCUCGAGGGCAUGUGCAACAUGGGCAUCUCGGGCGGCAUGACAGACACUGACGUCUACAUUGGCGCUACAGGCAGCUACUUGUGGCAAGGAAAUGUGCAUGUAACGUGGAGAGAUCCAGAUCCAGCGAAUGCCUGGGACUCUAUAGGCAGAGACUUUGGACAGCUGAAAAGACGAUACAGUUAUAUGGGUUACUCGGUUCUUGAAGAGAGGAAGAUGCUCAGCCGUGACGAGUACACAGUGGUGACAGGGUCUCCGAGGGACGAGUCCAAGGGCUCUGUAAUGUUGGGAAGAAAGACCGACAAAAAAAUCGAGCCGGCACUCAUCAUCCCCGGGGAACAAGUGGGGUCCUACUUUGGGAACAGCCUGGCUGUCACAGACCUCAACAAUGACGACUGGAACGACUUGAUCGUGGGCGCCCCAUUUUACUUUGAUCGUAUGAAGGACGAGGGAGGGGCGGUGUACAUCUUUAUGAAUGAGAACGGAUCGUUCCAGGAGACCGCCAGCGUCGUGCUCAAGGGCCCCUCGGCCUCUGCUUUCGGCUUCGCGGUGGCUCCCAUCGGCGAUGUCAACCAAGACGGAUUCCAAGACUUUGCAGUGGGAGCUCCAUUCCACAACACAGGAAAGGUUUACAUAUGGAUGGGAAGUAAAAAUGGAAUCUCACAGACGCCCAGUCAGGUAAUUGAGGGUAAGUCGGUGGGAAAUGGAAAGUUCCACACGUUCGGCUACUCCAUCAACGGAGGGGUGGACAUGGAUGAAAACGGUUAUCCCGACAUCUUGAUUGGCUCUCUGGAUGACCGCAUGGCUCUGCUUAGGGCUCGACCAGUCCUUCACUUAACGAGGAACUUCACUGCCAAGCCCAGGAUUGUGGACCCUAAUCAGUGUCUUGGGAAUACGCCGUGCAUCACAGUGACUCUGUGUAUGUCUUUCACUCUGAGCAAUGGAAACAAAAACUUGAAAAAUAUCACGGUGAAGUACACGGUGGAGGCCGACAUGGAGAGGAGAAGAAGCCCUCGUGUUCGUUUCCUAAAAGAUAACGACGACACAUACACCGGCUCCCUGAACCUGCUGUCCUCCAAAUCCACGUGUCAUAAACUGAAACUGAUCCUCGUGGCGCCUGUGAGAGACAAACUGGAGCCGGUGGUCUUCUCCCUCAACAUGUCCUUACACAAACAGAACUUGAAACCCAGACGGUCCCUGCAGAACCUCGACUCCUUCCCGAUUCUGAGUCAAGAGCAGCAACUCACUCAGAGAGCGGAGGUCAACUUUCAGAAGGAGUGUGGCUCAGACAACAAAUGUAGCAGCAACCUGCUGCUGAAAGCCCACUUUGUUGACAACGAGGAUAAGCCUUACCCCAGUCAUGGGAAAUUCCAGAUACUUCAGUUCAACAGCAGAAUAAAGAUAAUACGGCUGAUGGUGAACGUCACCAACUUUCCUGCUCCGGGAAAACCUGGAGAAGACGCCCACCAGGCCAUGCUCAACGUCACGAUCCCCGACGCACUGAGAUACUCUGGCGUCAGGUCAGCGGACCAUGAUGUACAAUGCCGCCUGGAUGGCACCGUGAUCUGUGAGCUGGGGAAUCCUCUGAGAGGCAAUGAAAAAGUGUUGCUCACCCUCAUGUUUGAGACCGCAGGGAUCAAUUUGUACACACAAGAGAUCGAGUCCCACCUGCUUCUGUCCACUCUCAGUGAGCAGAGUGACAUGAAGCCUGUGCCUGUGGCCCUGCUGAUUAAAAACACCAUCCUCCCCUCCUUCUCCAUAGCCAACGCGCUGGUAAAAACAGAAUUCAGUGGGACGGUGACAGGCGAGUCCUCCUUGGUAAACACCAGUGACGUGGGCAGUCUGGUGGAGUUCACCUUCAACGUGAACAUGAGGGGACAGCCCCUGGGAGACAUGGGGACCCUGGCUGUGGAGUUUGAGUGGCCCUUCGAGGUAGUCAACGGCAAGUGGCUGCUGUACCUGACGAAGAUUUCUGUGACGGGGGAAUCAGAGGUGGAUUGUAACCCUCCCGGAGAAGUUGUCAACCUACUUAACCUCAGUUUGUCAGAGAGCGGACGAAAGCGCACCAAGAGACAGAUCGUGGUGGACGAUAUCGAUCCAACAAAGCCACGGAUUGUUGAGCCACAGGCAGCCAUCAAAUUGCUCAGCCUUCGCAAAGAGUCAUACCUGUUGGAAUGCUCAAAAGGUACGGCGCGAUGCGUGACCUUUAACUGCCCGCUGCUCAACGUCACAGAUUCAGCCAAGAUUCAUGUCCAGUCCCGUUUGUGGAACAGUACGAUGCUAGAGGACUAUUCCAACGCUCUGAGAAUCAGGGUCAGAGGUCAAGCCACUCUGAAGCUCAUUACAGAUAAACCAACCAUCAGGAUGGACAGUCAGACCACCGUGUUCACUGUAGAAAUAGAACCACUGGAAAGUGAUGAGGCGCCCUACGAGCUCCCGCUGUGGAUCAUCAUCUCUGCAGCUGUAGCGGGAAUUCUCCUCCUGGGAAUAAUCAUUCUUAUACUAUGGAAGUGUGGCUUCUUCCAGAGGGCCAGCAGGAGGGAGAUGUAUGAGGCCAAAGCCCAGAAGGCUGAGAUGAAGAUCCAGCCCUCUGAGACAGAGAAGCUUACUGAGGACUACUGAGGCCCCCAUGGGUCCCCAAACAGAAAACACCAGUGGGGCUUUUGGCUUGGAUUCUUCAAGCGAGCCAUCUACUACCGGAUAAUGACAAAGCACCAGGGGGUGAAGAUUCUCAAGGCUGAGCGGUAUCAGUUCAAUCUUGGAUUUCAGCUCGAGGAGCCGCAGAAAAAGUAUUGGAUCACCAACUGGACAGAAAUGCAGCGUUACUACGACUGAGGCCUUAACCACUCACCGUCACACCGGUGUGACGCGGGUCAAACGAAGAACAUUCGGCUCGGUCGAGCCACGCGCGUGUGGACAAAUUGCGGACAGUGCAGUCCAUUUUUAAAAAGAAAGUUCAUUCUAAUUUCAUUUCAUUCUUUUUCGGUGCAAUAUCCUGAACUGUUUGUCUCAGCGACGGUAAUUUGGCAAGUAUUUUAAGAUGAAUGCAGUUUGGGAAUCGGGGUUGCAUUCCAGAAAAAUGUUUUUUUGAUUAUUGUAUUUACAUUUCCGUUUUAUUCUUUCUAAAAAAAUCCUCCAAGCUACGUUGCAGGUCAAUCAUCAUUUUUUUGUUUUCCUCAGAGGACUGAGCUUCUCUGUGAUUGUGUAUGUUUUUCAGUCCCCGGGUAUCGCAUUAAUAAUUUUCAGACUGCACUUAGAAUAUGCUGACCAGCAUAUUCCUCUGUUCAUGUGAAUGUGUCCAUGUCGGUGUUCGGCAAGCAUCACAUAGAAUAACAACUCAAAUACAGGUAUGGUUGUGGCACUGAUCUCCAAAAAAAGUUCAAAAAGGCGCUUUUGCGUUUUUUAAGGAAUAUAAGAAAUAUUUCCCUAGUUUCAGGGAAUAAAUAUAGAGAACUAUGGAGAAAAUAAAUGGUCAUAAUUGAUGAAUAAUAUGUAACCCAGCUGGACAUGAAUAGAGUCAUCCACACACCCCGGCAACAAGUUGAAACGCAGUAACUUGUCUGUAGAAUUAUCAAACGUGUUGAUGAGAUGAUGGGAGAACAAUUAGAUUAUUAUUUAUUACAUUGUCUUGUGUUAUUACAGUAAAGAAUGUAUCUUUAAAUAAUACCACAAUAGGGAGUCAUGACACUGGAGUAAAUAAUACAUGAUGUUGUAUAUGUCUGGAUACUGUAAGCUCUAGCAGAGAUGAUGAUGUUAUAAAUUGUACAUAGAGACAGGUUAACAAUAAAUGGACUUGUUUGAA